GAAAACAGAAUGAAAGUAAGAGAUAAAAUACUAGUACAGAAGUACUACUUAAAUGUCUUCAAUGGAAUUUUCCUGGCUCUGGGUCUUAUGAUUUUGACAUUUGGCUUGUGGCUUUUAUUUGACAGAAACAAUUUAUUCAGUGUCUUAUUUUCUUCAGGCAGGAACCAGCUUGUGGUGUAUCUUUCAUGUCUAUUACUUGGAACUGGAUCUGCUAUUACUUUUAUAUCAGCCAUGGGAUUCCUUGGAAGCAUUAUGGAAAUCAAAUGUCUGCUAGAUAUAUAUAUGACUUUUCACAUCCUGGUGUUUGCUACCCAGAUGGUAAUAUCAGUGCUGAUAUUUGUGAAGAAAGAAGAGGUCCACAAUGAAUGGAACAACAGAAUUGAUGAAGUUAUUUCUGCUUACGGGAAUGAGAGUCUGGCUGAGCAGGAACCUGUGUGGCACAUUUUGAAUGCUGUACAGCACAAGAUGGAAUGCUGUGGAAGAUACAAUGUCACACAGUGGGAAAGCAAUCAAAACAAGGAAAAUAGUACUCAGAUCCCAUGUUCAUGCACAAGAUCCCAGCUGAAGAAAUGGUUUUGUGAUGUCCCAAGGGAUUUAAUAUACACUAUGGGAUGUGAAGAAUAUUUGAAUGUAUGGUUUGAAAACAAUGUUCUGAUCUUGACAGCAAUUACUCUCAGCCUGCCUUUUACACAGAUCUUUUUGAUCAAACUAACUAGUCAGCUGCUUAGAAACACCAGAAAGAACAACAUCUGGCCAAAUGAAUCCUGA